GCCACCUCAUUGUCUUGCCUACUUUUUGGGCCGCCCUGUGGCGCCGCUGUGGUCUCGGGGUUGGGGGUGGGGGGGCCAGAACCACCCCAGAGACUCCACGCUGUCUUCCCGGAGGGCUCGGUCCUGCCCUGCUGAGUGGAUCCAUCCUGGCGGCCACUGGUCAGGAGGAGUUGGGGGCAGAGCCCUUGCUGAGCGGAGGGAGCCGGGGGCUGCCUCUCUGUCCUCCAUCUCCAGACUCGCGAUCCUGCGGGUGUUGUAUGUGCUGGUGUCGGCGUGUGCGUGAGAAGUCAGGAGUAGUGUGGGUGUGCGGGGUGGUUGCAUUGUGUGUGCGUAUUCGUGGGCCUGGAGACCGGUGGGAGGCGGGAGGGGUUCCAGUCCCGCUGCUCAGAGUAGGCUGGGCGGAAGCCAGGCCUGUCUGCUGCUGCGUCCUGGUCACAGGCCCAUCCACUAUCCAGGAUCCUGCAGGGCCCCUUAAUGUAAGUGACACAAAGGUACACACCCACAUGUGGCAAGGGCCACCAGGUCGCACCCACUUGGCCACAGCACUGGGUUGCUGACUUAGCCAUACACAUGGGCACAUGGUGUGGGAUAGACUGGUACCCAAUAUGUGGUGGUGGAUACUGGGGAGCUGGAGGGCCUUCCCGGAUGUCUCCUCCAUUCCUUCUUCAGGCAAGCUCUCCUUAGUCUAGACGAGGAGCUUCUCUUCCCCAAACCUCAGGAAGUGGGUCCCAGCAGAUUCAGCCCUAUAGGAUCCAGGUAGGACUGAGCGGUCCUAUCCUUUGAGUCUCAGGCCCUCUCUGAAUUUCUGGAUGAAGCAGGAUCAACUAGGGGGUCUCUGGGCCCAUAUCCCCUAUUCCCUCGCUGAACCCACCAGGGUAGCAUUCCACCCAGUUCCUGAUCAGGAGAGGGCUGGACACUGACCCUUGAGGAAAGAGUGCGAGCAUGGUCACUGCAGAAAGUCCUCCUGCCUUGGGGCUUUAGGAUGUUGGGUUCCUGAACUCUAGUUUAAAAGCCUGGUGGUGAGCCUCCCACUGGCCAGUACCUCUCUCCAGCCUGGUUCUGGCCAAGAUGGAGCUAGAAGGCACAUCUCCCCUAUCCUCCCUACCAUCCCUGGACUCAGACCAGGUGUUUGGCAACGUCUUUGAGACAGGGUGGUUUCCAACCUGUCUUCCAUCCUGAGCUGUAUCUGACCCUUCUAAGUUUGGCCAGCUGGGACCAGCUCUGUCACCUCCGCCCCAUCUGACACAGGAGGAAACUGGUCCAGCCCUAGAAUGAAUCAGAUUGAAGUGAGAAAAGGGGGACAGACUACCCCAAGGGACUGCCAACGUCAGGCCUGGAGAUUUCCCCCAUACUCCUCCUGCACACAGCCCUUUUUGGACUGAGAGAAGCAGCUCCCAGCUCCCCUGCCUGGGCGCUGCCUAAAACUCUCUAACCUCUUCUCCAAGAAACAGCCCCAGGAGUAUUACCCACUAACAGAGCCAUGAUUCACAACUCUAGCCACAGCAAAGUCCUGGCCUAUGUGGGUAAGAUCCUGAGGAGGCAGGAGAGGGACAGGGAAGGAGUAUGGGUAGGGGCAGGGGGAGCCCUGGCACCCAAUACCUCCUCCCCUUUCCUCCUGGAGUCUCCAAGGGGUCUCAGGCAGCAUCAUCCCAGUCUACUGUACCCUCCUGGCCACUGUGGUCCUCGGUCUCUUGCCUAUGUGGCCUUCAAGUGCUGGCGCUCACAUAAACAAAGACAGCAGCUGGCCAAAGCUCGAACUGCAGAGCUGGGAGGUCUCAACAAGGACCAGAUGCAUGGGGAUAGCAGUGUCUUCCUGGACUCUCCUAGCAGUCUGGAGCCCUGUGCCCCCAGCCAGGGUGAGCCCCUUUCCCAGAACUGCCUCACCACCCAGCCCUUGUGUGAUCCUCAUGUCUCCUGCCCCAGGACCACAUCCUGAGCUUGGGUGCCGACUUUACCUUGAUCUCCCUCGGCAGCACCAG